AUGGCUCGAGCAGGUGCGACGUCUGCGGGCGAAGCGACGCGCGGCGACGAGUUUGUUGGCUACAACGAGUGGGCGACGCAGACGCUCGAGGUGGACAUCGCGACGGACUUUGUGUACGAGUACCAAGAAGACGCGUGUGCGGCCGAGCGCGGCGUGUACAUUGCUGAGGACGUGACGCCCCAUACAGAGGUACUGAGCAUCCCGCUCGACUCGACGCUAACGGUGCGGAGUCUGCAGACGUUGGGGGUGUUCAAACGCAUUGCGUUCUUCCAGCAGCUCGUCCCCGAGCGAGAAGACGACCAAUUGGCUGUGGCGCUGCUGUACGAGAAGUUUGUUUGCGGCACAAGGUCCAAGUGGGCGAAACACAUUGAGCUGCUGCCCGAGACGUAUUACAAUGCGCUGUACUUUGAACCGGAAGAUCUCGAGGCACUGGAAGGCAGCAACUUGAGUGGGUUUGCCCAGCAGCUCAAAGUGCAGGUCGUUCACGAUUACAGGCGACUGAAGGAAUCCGUUCUACCGGAUCUAUAUGACAGCAUUGCUGAAGCGAUAAACUGUGACACUGACGUGUUCCACGAGUGGUUCUCUCUUGACAAUUACAAGUGGGCGCUCUCGACGAUCUGGAGUCGCUUCGUGUCGCUACGACUGGACGCAGCUUCAGUUUUGGUGGAAGAUCAUGAUGGAUUGUCAGGGAUUGAUACCAUAUCAAUGGGGAAUAAGGAAGACGGCAGCAAGUUGAUGACCACACAGACGUUCAAGGCGAUGGUCCCCGUGUUCGACAUGCUGAACCACGACCCGGAAGCAGAGAUGUCCCACGUCUUUGACGUGGCGAGUCAGCGGUUCAAGCUCGUGAGUCACCAGCACUGGAAUGCUGGCGCGCAGAUGUUCAUCAACUACGGGCCUUUGUCAAACCACAAGCUGCUGUCGCUGUACGGUUUCGUGAUCCUGGGGAACCCGUUCGAUGCUGUAGAGAUGUGGCUGCCCAUGCACAGACCAUCGACCAAGUUUUUCGAGGCGAAGGAGCAACUGCUGCUCGCCAACGGGCUCGACCACGCCACCAACACGUUUGAGCUUGUGGCAGAAGAGAGCAAUGACUUGCUCUUGAUUGCUGCUCGGAUCCAGGAGAUUGAUUGCGACACACCCGAGGAGUUCGAGGUACUUGCGCAGAAGGCACUCGAUGGAGAGAUGGUGAGCUUGGCGAACGAGCAGGAAGCAUUGACGCGUCUAGUCUAUACCCUGGAGAAAAUGCUGGAGGCUUUCCCGACCUCGAUUGAAGAAGAUGACAGGUUGCUUGAGUCCUGGGAAAAGGACCUGACCACGCAGGGCGACGACGCGCAGAGCGACAGGCGAAACCACUUGUGGAUGGCUGUAGCUGCUCGCCAGUCCGAUAAGUACAUUCUCACGGAGAACAUCAACAUGCUCAAGUGGAAACUGCUGGACAUUCUUGCAAAAGCUCGAUGCGAUCAACGCGCGGGCGCAUAA